AAAAUUAUACUUUAUGAAAUUUCAAAUUACUUCAAAAUAUAUUCAAUAUGAGUGAAGAAUAUUCGCUCUCAGCACGUAUAUACUGCAAUCAAGGAGCUAUUAGAUCGGUACGAUUUAGCGAAGAUGGAGCUUAUUGUAUAACUAGUGGUUCUAAUAAAAAAGUUAAAUUGUGGAAUCCAUAUAAAAGUGUAUUAUUGAAAACAUAUGCUGGCCAUGGAAAUGAAGUAAUGGAUGCUUGUUCGUCGUGCGAUCAGAGUCAAAUAGCAUCUUGUAGCGUUGAUAAGUCUGUUAUAAUAUGGGAUGUUAUUGCUGGAACACCUAUACGUAGAUUAAGAUGUCAUACGGGAACUGUAACAACGGUUCGUUUUAAUGAGAUGUCUACGGUUAUAGUAUCAGGAUCACAAGAUAAUUCAGUUAUGCUGUGGGAUAUACGGUCUAGGACUAUGACGCCUAUACAAGUUCUACCAGAUGCCAAAGACUCUAUAUCAUCCGUUAGAAUUUCAGAUCAUGAAAUACUUACCGCUUCUUAUGAUACUAAAAUAAGAAGGUAUGAUAUUCGGGCUGGAAGUCUAGUAACCGAUUGUAUCGGAGAAGUUAUUACUUGUGCUAGUUUUACCAAGGAUAAUCAUUGUAUCGUAGUGAGUUGUUCAGAUGGAACCAUUAAGCUAAUUGAUAAAGAUACGGGCGAAUUAUUAGGAGAAUACGAAGGUUUAUCUAAAAGUGAUUUUUGUCUGGAAUCUAGUGUUAAUUAUGACGAUACUAUGGUACUUUCUGGUUCUAUUGAUGGGCGAAUUUGGGUGUGGAAUUUAAUAUCUCGAAAAAUUGUAACACAUUUAUUCGAUGAAAAAUCAAUAGAACAUCCUAUUAUUUCUAUAGGAGUUCAUCCGACAAAAAACAAUUUUUUAGCAGCAAAUGCCUCCGAUAUUCUCUUAUGGGAAAAAUAAUUAUAUUUUUUUCAAACAGCGAUAUUAUG